CUUUCCCUCUCUUUUUUUUCUACUUGGCUUCUUUUUCCUUCUUUCUCUUCUUUAUUGUGAUAUUCCCGUCUUUAUUUGAAAUGGCUCCUGUUACUGUUUCCGCUGCAGGCAUCGGUGUCGCUCACUUGCCGAACCAAAGGCACAAGAUUGUCACCAAGCGCGGUGCCAAUUUCACUAUUAUGGUGUGCGGCGAAUCGGGUGUGGGCAAAACCACGUUUAUUAAUACUCUGUUCACGACCUCUAUCAAAGACUACAAAGACCCCGCCAAGCGCCAUGAAAAACAGCUGGAUAGAACAGUGGAAAUUGAAAUUACUAAAGCUGAGCUCGAGGAAAAAAUGUUCAAAGUGAAACUGAGCGUUAUCGAUACGCCCGGAUUUGGCGAUUAUGUCAAUAAUUACGACAGCUGGAUGCCUGUGGUUGAAUUUCUCGAUGAUCAGCAUGAAAACUACAUGCGUCAGGAACAGCAACCUGUCCGUCAGGGCGUGGCCGACAUGCGAGUCCAUGCCUGUCUUUAUUUCAUUCGACCGACGGGUCACAGCUUAAAACCCCUGGAUAUCGAAGUGAUGAAACGUCUCGGUUCACGAGUGAAUCUUAUUCCAGUGAUUGCCAAGGCUGAUACUCUUACACCAAAGGAUCUGGCAGAAUUCAAACGCAGAAUCCUGGAAGUCAUUGAAGCACAAAAUAUUCGAGUAUACUCUUGUCCUAUUGAGAGUGACGACGAAGGAAUGACGGAGCGCAACAGGAGUAUCAUGGCUGCCAUGCCUUUCUCCGUGAUUGGUUCAACACAAACCGUGCGCACACCAGAUGGUCGCGAAGUCAAGGGACGCCAGUAUUCUUGGGGUGUUGCUGAAGUCGAAAAUGAGGAUCAUUGCGACUUUAAGAAACUGCGAAAUCUGUUGAUUCGUACACAUAUGCUCGAUUUGAUUUCAACAACCGAAGAACAGCAUUACGAGAACUAUCGUCAGCAGCAGAUGGCCACCCGCAAAUUUGGCGAACCAAAGGUCAAGAAGUAUGAAAACCCGAAACAUAGGGAGAAAGAAGAUGCACUCCGUAAAGUAUUUACUGAGCAAGUGAGACAAGAGGAGAAUCGUUUCCGCCAAUGGGAACAACAGCUCAUCAGUGAACGCGAUCGUUUAAAUAAGGAUCUCGAGACACAACAUGCGCAGAUCAAGGCUCUUGAAGCUGACUUAGAACAUAUGUAUCAUCAACAUGGCCGUGGCACGAUGAGAAAGUAGACCUGGAGUCAAUGUGCUUCGAUGAAUACCUCAUUAUAUUUCCUUAGUUUUUAAAUUCCUUUUUCUUUGUUUGAUUCCAGAUAUCAAUACUCAUCAUUAUACUAAACUCAAAACAUUUGACAAGAACUUCCUUUAUAAAUUUGAUAGAGCAAUGUUGUGCAGUUGACAUCAUUCGAUAUAAAAUUACCACGCUAACGAUCGUC